CUCUCCGUCGCGUGCGUGAAGAGCGUCGCGCGGCAGAUCCUCCUCGCGUUGGACGCGUGCCACUCCAGACGCGUGAUGCACCGCGACGUCAAGCCGGGGAACCUGCUGAUCGGCGCCGACGGACGCGUGAAGCUCGCGGACUUCGGACUCGCCAGGACUCGGACGAAGACUCGAACGACGACGAGCGCUGCUCCUCUGUACACGCACACGAUACAGACGCGGUGGUACCGCGCGCCGGAGAUUUUGUACGGCGCGCGUCGGUACGACGCCGGCGUGGACGUCUGGUCCGCGGGGGCCAUCCUCGGCGAGCUCCUCGGCACGCGGGUCGGGCCUAUGCUUCCCGGGGACAGCGACGUCGACCAGCUCGUGCGGACGUUGACGCUGUUGGGGACGCCCACGGAGGAUCGAUGGCCCGGCGCGUUCGAGCUCCCGGACUACGGGAAGAUCGCGGUGAAGCCGCGCGAGCCGGCGCCGAGGGAGGACGCGGUCGGCGGCACCGUCGACGACGGCGCCGGCGUCGCGUUGGCGUUUCGGUUGCUGUCGUUGGAUCCGAAGCGUCGACCGAGCGCGGGGGAGGCGCUGAAGGACGCGUACUUCGUCGAGGGGAAU